AUGUCUUUAUAUGUGAAUGAAACUCCAUAUACAUCUACUAUAUCAUCUUCAUCAUUACUAAUUCUUCUUUUUUUUUCACUUAGCGGUGCUUUAGGCGUUUUUCUUCUUGUUUUUAUUAUAUAUUAUAUAAAUUGUCGUUAUCAUAAUCCAGUUUUUCUAAGAUACGGAAACUCCGAGCAGCAUGAAGAUUUAAUGCAUGAAGAAACUGUAUUGAUGCAAACAGCUAGUGAGGAAGAGAUAGAAUCUUAUUUCCGUGCAAAAGCAUUUCAAGAAGCAAAUCCUCCUGGGAGUAUGUUAACUGAUAUUAGUCUUUCUCAAUUUAUGUCUAUUCAAGAAAAGGGUGUUUCUGCUUGGGAAUUUGAGGCUUUUUUUGAAAACAUGAAUUGUUUUGUUGAGGCUAGGACGGAAAUAACAUUUUAUGAUAGUGAAUGUAGUGUUCAAACGAAUUUGCCUAUUCCAAAAACAAAUGAAAUAUAUUAUUGGGAAGCAAAAAUGCAUGAUUUUCCUGAUUAUAGUACUGUUUCUAUUGGUUUGACGACAAAACCUUAUCCUCUAUAUCGAUUACCUGGAUGGAAUAAACAUUCUGUUGGUUAUAUUUCUGAUGGUUCAAAGAGGAAUAAUCAACCAUUUUCUGGUAAAUCUUAUGGACCUGGAUUUAGACAAGGUGAUGUUGUUGGUGUUGGAUAUAAACCACGGACUGGCACUGUUUUUUUUACAAGAAACGGAAAAAGAUUAGAAGAUGCUGCACAGCUCUUGAAAAGUAAUUUGUUCCCUACUGUUGGUGCAAAUGGUCCAUGUCAAAUUCAUGUGAAUUUCGGUCAAUAUGGGUUUGUUUUCAUUGAAGCUAAUGUAAAAAAAUGGGGAUUGGCACCAAUGGUAGGGACAUUGGCACCUCCUCCAGCUUAUCAGUCUGCUCUUCUUACACCACCUGCAUAUCAAGAUUCUAUAUCAUUUUUCUAUCAGGGGCAACAGUGUUUUUUAAAUAGAAAUUUUAUUCCUUCAGAUUCUUCGAGUUUAAUGAGAGGAAAUAAUGAAAAUGUUGUUAGUAUAUUUGACCAGAACAACACUUAA